AUGCUCGAAUUCGCAUUUAAAUUCGCCCCACUUGCCGUAGCAGGCGAGGCGUCUUCAGCCUUACAGAAGCUCGAGCGCUCCCUACAGCAUCAUAUCUCGAGCCGACGACGCCUCAGACCCCCGACUUCUCUGGAAAGUAUGGCAUCAGAAACGGGCAACCUCUACGGAAUUAAGCCCCCCAAGAAGGAGUACAAAUCCCUCUCCUCAACCACAAACCUCGCCUUUCAAUCUAGCCUCUCCUCCCUCCUCUCUGCCGCAACUUCCACCUCGAUGACCGCACCCGGGCGUCCGCGCCCUUCCAAAUCGAAACCCGACAUCUUCACAGCGCAGAAUAAGAAUGCCAAGAAGCGCGCAGCCAAGGAUCUGGAAGACGAUGAGUUUCGAGGCCGGACCGCAAGAAGACAGGAUCUCGGUGGCGUCGAUGAAAACGUGUUGCAGCGCUCCAAACGGAAGUUGGAGGCCAAAGCCAAGAUCUACGCGCGCAUGAAAAGGGGAGAUGUGGUCGCUGAGGGCGACGAGGAAGGCUUAGUGGACUUCGACCGCAAAUGGGCCGAACGCGGCGGUCACGACGACGAUUCCUCCGAAGUGGAAAGCGACGACGGGCAGGGCGAGAUGGUGGACUACGAAGAUGAGUACGGGCGGGCGCGUAGGGGUACACGAGCUGAGGUCGAGCGCAUGGAGAGGAAGAAACGGAAUCAGUUGCUAGGAGCCGAGGAAUUGGAUAGGAUGAGUGCCAGACCGGCGAUGCCAAGCAAGGUUAUCUACGGGGAUACGGUGCAGACGAUGGCGUUUAAUCCUGAUGAGGAGAGGUUGGAGAAGAUGGAGGAACUUGCGAAGAAGAGGGAUAGGAGUCUGACGCCGCCGGACGCCACGCAUUAUGAGGCGGACAAGGAGAUCAGGAGUAAAGGCGUGGGGUUCUAUGCGUUUUCGAAGGAUGAAAAGACCAGAAUGCAGGAGAUGAGUAACUUGGAGGAGGAGAGGAGGGAGACGGAGAGGAUCAGACUGGAAAGGGAGAGAAAGAAGGAUCAGAGACGAAGGGAGAUUGAGGAGAGGAGGAGGAUUCUUGGGGAAAAGAGAGCGAAGAAACAGGCCGAUACCUUCCUGGAUGGGUUGAUGAAUGAUAUGGGCGCUGUAGAGAAGGAAUAG